ACUACGUGACCCGCGCACGCACGUUCCCAUUGGCUGCCUGUCCUGGAGCCGAGGUACUCUCUUGCUGACGUCAGGCGUGCGCGGUGACAUUGAGCUCGCAUCGCCGGCUGAGGAUGUGGGCUGCGGUGCUGAGGAGGAGCGGGCUGCGAUUAUUGGCUGAGAGAUCGGUUCCGCUGGGAGACGCUUCCUUCCCGAAGCCGCUGAGCGCCAGGCGAUGGCUGAGCAACAAUCCCGAGGAGCCCAAGCCAAAGGAGGCCGGCGCGUCCUUUAAGAUCCCCGGACACAAACCCACCGGCUUUGAGAAGAAGAUCUUGGUGUGGGGGGGCCGCUUCAAGAAAGUGGAGGAUAUUCCGGAUCUCAUUUCUUAUGAUAUGGUGGACGCAGCGAAGAGCCGGGUGCGGGUGAAGUUCGCUGUUCUCAUGAUGGCGAUGACGAUAUUCGGCUGCAUCAUGAUGGUCGUCUCCGGAAAGGCGGCGGCUGGAAGGCACGAAUCCCUCGCCAAUUUCAACUUGGAGAAGAAAGCCAGGAUCAGAGAUGAGGCUCUAAAGGAAGAAACUUCUAAAAAAGAAUGAGGCAGAAAACCCACACGAGUGCCUCCCCCACCGCAACCGCCCCCCAAACUGUAGCAUUUUGGAUUUGUUAUAUAUUACACCGGCCUCACAGUCAAAGCGGCUUCUUCUCAACUACACUUUCCCCCUCCGAGGGGCUUUAAUUUAGAUCUUGCCUCCUGGUGGACAGCGUGAGCCCAUGUGGCUAUAGAAUAACCUUUCGUUGAGGCUGAUAAGGGUUAAAUUUUAUCUGUAAAGGGUACAAGUUACUAUUUAAGUGUAAUAAAAGCGUCGGGCUCUCUAAAAGCCCUGCUGCCUCCUACUCUUU